GUUUGCGUUUGACAAAGAAAUGAUUUGAACUUCCCGGAGCCGCAGAAAAUCGGGAUCCCGAGGCGCACCCGGGCCCAUAUGGAUGUGAUUUCCCAGCUCGCUCCCAGAUGAUCCAGCGGCACCGGGAGCCGCGGCGCUGAGCGGCUCCGCUGCCUCUCCCCAUGGGCUCCGCGGCGGAAUUUUGGGAGCUGCCCGCCACUCCAGCCAUGAGAAAACGAGGAAAAGCCCCGGGAUCUCUCGUCAUGUGCCUCUCUGGCUGAAAGCUGGGGAGCCAAAGGAACAAAAUCCCGCGGAUCUGGGGGCACGCGAGGGAGGACAAGGAGAAAUCCGCGCCGCUGGAAUUCCGAGCUCGCCUACCUCCCGCUUCCCUGCGCGAGGCUGGAUGCUGGAAGCAGCCCCUUGGAUAUGGGAUCAUAUCUGGUGUAUCCCAGCCUGGGUUUGAUCCUCUGCUGCUCCGUGCUCAGCUCCGUCUACGCGCUGGUGGAUGCCGACGAUGUCAUCACCAAGGAGGAGCAGAUCUUCCUCCUGCUGAAGGCCAAGGCCAAGUGCGAGCGCCACCUGAAAGCCAAGGUGCCCAAGGUGCACGAUGGCUUCUGCCUUCCGGAGUGGGAUGGCAUCGUGUGCUGGCCCGAGGGCGUGCCCGGCAAGGUGGUGGCCAUGCCCUGCCCCGAGUACAUCUACGACUUCAACCACAAAGGCCACGCUUACCGCCGGUGUGACCUGAACGGGAGCUGGGAGCUGGUCCCGGGCAACAACCGCACCUGGGCCAACUACAGCGAGUGCGCCAAGUUCCUCACCAACGAGACGAGGGAAAGGGAGGUCUUUGAUCGCCUCUAUUUGAUUUAUACUGUUGGAUACUCCAUCUCCCUGGGAUCCCUCACAGUUGCUGUCCUUAUCCUGGGAUACUUCAGACGUUUGCACUGCACUAGGAACUACAUCCACAUGCACCUGUUUGUGUCCUUCAUGCUGAGGGCCGUCAGCAUCUUCGUGAAGGACGCAGUCCUGUACUCCGGGUCAGCCCUGGAGGAGAUGGAGCGGAUCUCCGAGGAGGACUUGAAAUCCAUCACGGAAGCACCUCCAGCGGAUAAAUCGCAGUUUGUGGGCUGUAAAGUAGCUGUCACCUUCUUCCUCUACUUCCUGGCUACCAAUUACUACUGGAUCCUGGUGGAAGGGCUCUAUCUCCACAGCCUCAUCUUCAUGGCAUUUUUCUCAGAGAAGAAAUAUCUCUGGGGAUUCACAUUAUUUGGCUGGGGACUCCCUGCUGUGUUUGUCACAGUGUGGGCCAGCGUCAGAGCCACUCUGGCCGACACAGAGUGUUGGGACUUGAGUGCUGGCAAUUUAAAGUGGAUUAUUCAGGUGCCCAUCCUGGCAGCUAUCGUGGUAAAUUUUAUUCUCUUUAUCAAUAUUAUCAGAGUCCUCGCAACCAAGCUCCGAGAGACGAAUGCAGGGAGGUGCGACUCGAGACAACAGUACAGGUGACUGCUGAAAUCUACCCUCGUCCUUAUGCCUCUGUUUGGCGUUCACUAUAUUGUUUUCAUGGCUAUGCCAUACACAGACGUGUCAGGGAUUCUUUGGCAAGUUCAAAUGCACUAUGAAAUGCUGUUCAACUCUUUCCAGGGAUUUUUUGUUGCCAUCAUAUACUGUUUUUGCAAUGGAGAGGUCCAAGCAGAGAUAAAGAAGUCAUGGAGCAGGUGGACUUUAGCACUUGACUUUAAAAGGAAAGCCCGGAGUGGGAGCACAACCUACAGUUAUGGACCAAUGGUUUCCCACACCAGCAUCACAAAUGUAGCCACCAGAGGGGCGCUUGCCCUGCACCUCAACACGAGACUUAUCCCAGGGACCCUCAACGGCCACCGGAAUUUGCCAGGUUACGUGAAAAAUGGCUCCAUCUCAGAGAAUUCCAUGCCUUCCUCCGGCCCGGAGCAGUACAACAAAGAUGAGGAAUACCUGAAUGGCUCCGGGCUUUACGACGGAGACAGACCCACGGUCCUUGUGGAAGAGGAGAGAGAGACAGUGAUGUAGAGCCAGGAGGAGGACAAAAAAAAAAAAAUCAGCCAAAGGAUGAGAAAAAGGUUCCUGGAGAGCAUUUAGUGGGAAAAGACCGUCAGGCCAUGCAGCGGAUCCUGAGGGGUUUCCAUGCAGCUCCUCUGUUCUGUGGAAUGAGAGAUUUAAGUUAUUUGGGGAAAAAAAAAACAAAAAAAAAAAAAAAAAAAGGGCAGCGAGCCACCAACGUGGCCAGUGGGUGAUGCCAUCCAUGAAUUCCGUGAUCCACGUUCUCCUGGUGAUAACAGAGCUCUCCAGACCUGCUGGACACCGGAGAUUCCUGGGAAUCUCCGGUCCUUGGAUCCGUCGGAGAGCGGGGGUGGCCAAGGAGGACGGGAGCGUCCCCCAGGAAAGCAGGAGGCGUGCAGGGAGGGUGCAGUGCCAUCGUCCCGGGAGGGGACAAGCCACCCCUGGGGGGUCGGUGGCUCGGGUUUGGUUUGUUCUCUGCCUGUGGAUCUGCCUGGUGACACACACAGCGUUGGGAAAGGCCCCGCGAUCCGCCGGUCACGUGUUGGGUACGACCAGCCCCACGUUCCUCAUCCCCUGGGAAUGCUCGCUCCGUGGCAAAAUGUUCCUCUGGGGCGGGGAGGGUGAGCAGCUCCAUGGAUGCAGGCAGGGAUUGUCCUCUCCUUCCCCCGAGUCCUGGGAGCAAGGCAGGAGCCGGUACAAUUUUCGGGUUGGAUGCGGUUAUCGGAAUGUGCGGCGUUCCUGCUCUUCCAGAGGGGCAGGUGGACAGGGGACCACCAAGGGCACAGAAUUUGCACGUCCCAGAGGGGUGAUUGUGGCUAAAAUCAGCUCCCGGGGUGGAGAACUCAGCCCUCCCUUUUUGUGGGUGCUCCUGGAAAGCGGCUUGCAUCCUUUCUUAAAACUCAGGAUUGUUCCUUGCUCUGCCCUCUGGAUGUCCUGGUCCACAGGGACAUGGAAUUCUGGGAUAGUUUGUGUUGGAGGAGACCUUAAAGGUCACCUCGUUCCAGCCCCUGCCAUGGGCAGGGACACCUCCCACUGUCCCAGGUUGCUCCAAGCCCCAUCCAGCCUGGCCUUGGACACAUCCAGGGAUGGAGUAUCCACAGUUUCUCUGGACAAUUAAUCCAAACCCUAAUGAAGAGAAAGACUCCACCAGCAGCAGCCAGCUGUUCUUCUGAGGGCUAAUUAAUGAUUCAUUUCCCCAGGCUCUGAAGGGAGUCAGGAAGGGCAGGUGGACCCUGACUUUGUGUCCCACAUCUUUAUCAACCUCUCAGAUUAGGGCCUGACCAAAGUCCAGUGGAAUCCAGGGAAAAAUCUCCUCCCUUUGACAUGUCCGAGGUUUGGAUUCCGACCUGCUGGGGGAUGUGGUGGCUGUGAGGUUCUGACAGGAGCUGGAUCUAUUGCAGGUCACAGAAUCCCAGAAUCCCUGAGGCUGGAAAAGCCCUCCAAGGUCAUCAAGUCUGAGCUGUGCCCGAUGCCCACCACAGCUCCGAGUGCCACAUCCAGGAAUUCCUUGGACACCUCCAGGGAUGGGCACUCCAAGCCUCCCUGGGCAGCUCCUUCCAAGGCCUGAGCACCUUUUCCAUGGAGAAAUUCCUCCUGGUGUCCGGGCUGAACCUCCCCUGGCACAGCCUGAGGCCGUUCCCUCUUGUCCUGAACAGAAAUCUUUGAUAUUUAUUUGUGAUGUUCUUUUCUUGUCUAGCCUCACCAAAAGAAGUCAAACCUCAUCAUAGCCUUUUCCCACCAAAUAAGAGUUAUCAAAAUAUCAGCUUUUCAAAACUUAAUCCAUUUUCCUGCUCUCUUCUUCUACCCCUCCUGAUUUUCUGGCUCAAACAUUUCUAAGUUAUCAUUUCACUGCUGGAACAAAGCAAAAAUACCAAAAAACCCCGAACAAAGCAAAAAUACCAAAAAACCCCAACCAGUGACUCACUCUUUGCUUGUGUUUAUUGCUCAAGAUUGAGAACACUUGACAAUCCCUCAGAAAUUCAAGGAAUCAACAAAAGCCGUAAAUUUAUUUAUAAACAAACAUAUCCCCCCCUCCUAAAACGCAGCUCUCACUGAAAUGAAUUCAACGCUGGAUUAUUUAGGAUUAAAAUAAAAAUUACAGGCACUAGGGUUGUGCAGGGGCAAGAAUUUUUUUUUUUUUUUUUUUUUUUUAAUCCUUUGAAUUGCAAAUCAUAAACAGAUUUUUCUUUCCUGGAUGUUUCUGUGCAUGAGCAACAUCCAUGUAAAAAUUGGGAUAAUGCUGACACCAAAACAGAGGGAAAACUGCCACUAAGGCCCAGCAGGAUCUGUUUGUCACAGUGCGUUCCCAUCAUUCCUGAGCUGGUCCCAAACUCUUGAAUUGAGUGUGUGGAUCAGGAUUAUCUGGAGAUCCAGGGUCACCCCUCCUGGAUUUUAGUGAGGAAGAAGGAGAGCUGGCAUGUCUGGAAAGAGAGAAGAAGCCCCAGUUUCAGGGUGGGAUUUUCCCUGGAAGGACAAAUGGAAUGAUCCUGGUGGAGCUUAGCCAGAGCCUUUGGAUCCAGAGCAGGCUCCUCUUCCCUUUCCUCCAUCACCAGGGGCCGAGGGCAUUUCCCAGGGAGUUUAUCCCCACCCAAAGGUCUGAGUCCCUCUGGGAUAACAUUUCCUCCCCUGUGGGAUUUUCCUGUGCAAACACAGCCCCAGCGGCCACGGGAAACAGAAACCUUGGAGGGGGAGGAUUCAUUUGUUCAGGAUUCGCCCACAAAUCCUGCAGGAAUGACAGGGCUUGUGCCCAUCCUGGUUCGGAUCCAACGUGGGAUCGUGGGGCGGAGAGAGCAGAUUGGAGCUGGGGUGUAGCAAACGUAGCAUGGAAUCUUUGUCAUGGAAUCGUUGUCAUGGAAUCAUUGUCAUGGGAUCAUUGUCACAGAAUCGUUGUCAUGGAAUUGUUGUCACGGAAUCGUUGUCAUGGAA